AUGGCUUCGCCCGGGAAUCCAUCGUCGUGGGACGAGCUCCCGGAUGAGCUUCUUCUCCAAAUAUUAAGCUAUCUCGAGCCAUACCAUAUUACCAAGCUGCAACUUGUCUGCCACAGGCUCCGCAAGCUCUGCCUCGAUGACGAGUUGUGGAAGCUCUUGUCCUUCGAGAAUUCGCAAUGGUACCAAUCACUCCAGCAUCGCCGCAAUAUUUCCCGGCCCGUGGUAGAGCCACAUGAAGAUGCCUCUGUUCAUGAUCCCAUCCAAAUAGACGGUGGUGCUGGUUCCUCCCCUACCGACACAACAUAUCGAGACGACUGCUUGACGACAUGCAGCCUUACCAGCCGCUCUCGGAAGCUGCAGGAUAUGGCCAACUGGGAUCCUGUAUUCCCAGGCGAACGAGUAUCAUGGUACGACGAAUAUGUUCAAAGACAUUGUCCUACAUGCGUGAACUGGCUGCAAACCCCGCGCCUACACGACCGCGGAGUUGAGGCAACCAUAGAAGUACGCGGAAUGGCAUUAUACAGUCCCCACGGCGGGAACGACGGUGUCGGGACCAUGUUGGCAGUGUCUCCCUUGGAUGACGGGUCGGUUUGUCUGUGGGAUAUCAACGGGACACGAGGUCGGCAGGGCGGCAUCCUGGCCUCCAGCAAUCCGGGUAUACUCUUCAUUGACGGUCCUGGUGAUCAGAACAGCAAACGGUCCAAGAAGGUAGACACCGGUGUUACGGAGUGUGUCAGCGUGAAUAAUGAUGGCCACAAAGCCUUCUUUGCCGUCCAAAGUCAUCUCAUUGAAGUGGACCUGAAUCGUCUAGAGGCUUGGGGCGGGACCGAUGUUUUCAAGAUGAUCUUCGACACCAAACCGCUUCCCCCAUACGCAUCGUUGUCCCAGCCUACUCCCAUUAGCAUCCUCCAUCUUCCUCGGCCUGGCUCACAUAAUCUAGUGUCGGACGACAUUUACGUCUCUGGCCGAUUUUCCAAUAUAUUGCACUACGAUCGGCGGAAAUUUCCGGCCAUAGUAGGAUCCAUCUACUCUGGUGCAUUGAUCAAGAGCUUGGCCGCCCUGCCGUAUCCAUUCUCCACCGUCGACACGGAAGUGCGCCGCCACGGUGAACUCACAACUGAGCAGGUGGCCCAGUUGAAAUCAGACGGCGAAGGAAGGACCUUGAUCGCCGCCGGUGGCUACAAAUCUAAGGGGUCUCUUGAGAUCUACGGUCUCAGUUCGGCAGCUGGCGCCGGCGAGAAGUCGACUCUGCAGAAUUCUGUAACGAAAAACAGGCAAACUGCUGCGUCAUCCACCAUUUUAUCCGUGGCCAACCACGGCUCCAAAAUUGUCUUCUCAGAUGGAUCGGGGUUCAUCAAAUGGUUUGAGCGAGACGGGUCUACCGAGUGUCGGCGAAUGAAGAUUGGGCGUAGUGAUGCGGAAGAGGCGUCCUCAUUGUUUGCUUCCACGGCCGGCUCAGAUGACAUGGCCCGCAAAAUCGUAUCAACGAAAUCCAACCAUGGCAACGACCGGCCAAACAACGACAAUAUUCUGCUGUGGACUGGAGAAAAACUAGGUCUCGUGAGCUUCACCAAGUUCCCGUUGUUUGACGGGACGGAUUUUGAGUUCCAGGACCCGGAGAGCAAUGUGGAAAAUGAAAAGAGAAGAGAGUAUACGCACAGGAUGCGACGCGCUCUGGCACGUCAGGCAGAUGAGGUCAAGUUUAUUGGAAGAUUAGGCGAUCCAACAUAUAGGCCACGGUAG